AAAGGAAUCCUAAAAUCCGCCUCAAACAUGCUCAAGUUUGAUCAAGAAAGAAAACUCACUAGUCCGAGCGGUGAAGCGAAACAAGUGAAGAAACUUUCGAACUUCCGACUUUGCUCAGGAGUCUUAAAAGUUUAACAGGAAUGAGAGGCUGUGGUGAAAUAAAUAACUUUGCCGAUAACACAUUGGAAGCCAUUGUUAUACAAGUUGGUACCUAUAUAAGGAAGUACCUGUCGUAGUUACCUAGAUUAAGUGCCAAUACAAAAUGAGUUCUAUUUUUAGAGUUUUUUUACCGAGCCAAUUGGAACCCUGUUGUUAACACUUACGCACGCGGUCCAUCCGUCUAUCCAUUCGUAUAUCAACGGCUCUAGUUGACAUUUUCUCAGGGUGUGAUUUUCUAUUCUCGCCAAAAACAUGAAUCCUCAGGCUCCAUCUCAUUACCCGUAGUAUAAUGUAGAAGGUUGAAAUUUACUUUUUUUUUAUACCACGACGGUGGCAAGCAAGCAUAAGGCCCGCCUGGUGGUAAGCAGUAAACUAUGGACGCCUGCAACUCCAGAGGUGUUACAUGCGCGUUGCCGACCCUUUAAAAAUCUGUACACUCCUUUUUUGAAGAACCUCAUACUGUAGACCCUCGGGAAAACCUCGGCAGGUAGCUCAUUCGCCGAGUUGCGAGAAGAUAAGAGGAGGCAGUUUUAUUACUUGCUUGGUUUAUGUAAUCUCUUCGCUUGUCUCAGGUGUUGUCGAGGAGAUAAAUAAGAGUGGACUGUAGUAUAAACGCUGGUUUACUUCCAAAUUACAAGAAAUACAAAAGGUGGCAAAGUGAAUAGUCGUUGAGGAAUCGGAUAACAACCGGAUCAAUGACCUUGCUCCGAGGCACCAACGAUGGCUCGUACCACGGCUGUCUACCUCUUUACAGUCCAUUUUCUCUCGUACAUUAUAGUUUGCCGUCAAGAUAGCACUAACAACAAACCUCGAGACCAGAGUACAGUUUCGGAAUCUUCCAGAAGAUUCCGAACGGAGUUCUUAGAAGAUUGGCCGCAGGCACCUGGAGCUCCUUACUUCGAUCCAAGCACACCCGACAAUGUGACCGGCCUAGUGGGACAUCCUGUUACGCUUCUUUGUAAAGUGAAGAAUUUGCAAAAUCGGACGGUAUCAUGGGUGCGUCAUCGUGACAUCCACCUGUUGACGGUGGGGCGCUACACGUACACAUCGGACCAGCGGUUCGAGGCGCAGCACAAACCACGCUCUGAGGAGUGGGCGCUGCGCAUCCGUUCCCCGCAGCGUCGCGACUCCGGCCAGUAUGAGUGCCAGAUCUCCACCACGCCACCCAUUGGGCACGCAGUCUUUCUCAGUAUCGUGGAACCAGAAACGGAAAUACUGGGUGGACCGGAUUUAUUUAUCUACGCUGGCUCCACCAUAAAUCUGACAUGUAUAGUCAAGCACACACCAGAGCCCCCGAACACAAUUAAUUGGACUCACAGAGGCAAGACGAUAAACUUCGACUCUACACGCGGCGGUAUAUCGCUGGUGACUGAAAAAGGGACACACAGCAGCAGUAGGCUGCUAGUACAGUCAGCAAGGACGUCAGACGCAGGCGCGUAUCAGUGCGCGCCGGACAACGCGCUGACUGCUUCAGCGAGAGUACAUGUACUUACUGGGGAAACACCAGCAGCGAUGCAAGGCAGCGCCCAAUGGCCAAGCAGGUUACGGCUACCUGUAGUUAUCUUUAUUAGUGUAUCAUUGUUUAAAGUGACUGUAAUAGACUAAGUGAAGUGAGGUGAAAUAAAAUAGUCUUAGCCGCCAAAAUUUAUAUUCUAAGUCUUUUUAAGUGUAAAUACAGUUUUGUAAAAAGUAAUACGUACAGGUAAACUUAAGGUUCUACCUAAGAUUAUGCGAGAAGAUGUGAAACAUCGAAUCGUAAACGCAAAAACCAGUGUCAAUGUUACAAAUUUACUUAGAAUCUAAAAUAUCAGGGUAAAUUGUAAAAUAAAAUAAUAACUGCUGAGUGCUUCAUUUAAAGUACAACACAUAGUACACGUUUUGUUUUAACACUUUACUCAAGACCAGUAGAAAUGGGUACGAUUUGCAUGGAAGUACCAAUUUAAGGAGUAUAAGUACAAUUUUCUCAAUUCCUCUCUUUUUAAUAAAUAGGUCUGUUUAACUAGCAUCUCAAUUAAUUUUAAUCAGGCAUCGAACCCUUGAAAAGAACGAUCGACUAAAUAACUUGCAUCUAAAUUGGUUGAUUAUAUAAUUAUAAUUUUUCGAAAAGUUUUUUUUUUGUAUACUACCUAAUAAAUUAUAUAUUUUCUAGCUAUCAAAAUCAAUAGAACCUACUCGUACUUAUAGUAUUCUUGGAUUGACUAGUGAAUAUACUGUAAAUUGGAUUGAAUGUCUAAUACUUGUAAGGAUUUCUGUCAAAUUGCUCUUAAGAAUUCGAAAUACGGUUACAAAUUAUUAAUAUGAGGAGAAAACAAUAAAUCAAACUGUAGUUAGUAAAUAAGGAUAAUGGUAAUUACCUACAUUGUUCUCAAAUUAAAGUUGAUUCUGAAUAAAACGAUAUACAAUUAUACCUACCUACUUAU